UUGCUCGCAAUGUAGUUUUCAAUAACAAAACGUGUUUCUCAUCUGCAACUUUUCGGAAAACAGAAUUUGUUUGCAGAUGUUGCAAAAUUAUUAUUAGGGGUGUGUCCAAGUUCUAGUUCCGAGAAAUGUGGCGACAAAACGGCAGAGUCUGCUCAAUUUCUGCUAUUAUAUUCUGUUACAUUUCUGUUAACACUCUGUUGAUAAAAUUUAUAGCAGACACUAAUGAAAUCUGUUUUAGCUUCAUCUGAUCCUAUUCGAGUGCUGUAGAAAUUUUUAACAUUCUAGCAAUCGGCUUGAAAACGUGUACAAUUAUCUAGGUGACACAACACAAUUAUUUUUAAAUUCCGUAUUUAACUAAACUUUUAGUUUUCUCAGCAAAUUUUUAGAUACUUUACCAUUCUUUCCAUGUGUGAUCUCAUAGGACGCCUUAGAGCGUCUGUAUUUGUUGAAGGAUAUGACUACUUCGACAGAAACCUGACACCAUUCAUGAGCUACUUAAAGGCAAAGGGCACUCACACUGACUACAUGAUGAACAUUUUCGUCACCAAGACUUUCCCCAAUCAUCACACGAUGGCAACGGGAUUUUACGCAGAGACACAUGGAGUUGUAGAUAAUGAAUUUUUUGAUCCUAGCAAAGAUAAUAUUACUAAGUACUCAUACGAGCUGUAUCAUUACAACAAUAACAUUCUUCCUAUUUGGACGGUAAAUGAAAAGAACGGCAGACGCAGCGGCACGAUGAUGUGGCCGGGCUCUGUGUUUGAAUAUCAAGGAACGUCACCUACUUUCGCACAAGCUUUUAAUGACACGAUUUCGUGGGAGAAGCGGAUUGAUGAACUAUUAUCGUGGUUUGUACAUCCCACAAACCCAAUAAACUUGGGGAUAUUAUACAUCGAGGACCCAGAUUACCACGGCCACGUCAUAGGGAUAAACGGCCCCGAAUUUAAUCAAAUUCUCAGAAAAUUGGAUAAUAUCACAAAAUAUAUGCAUGACAAAAUUGAUUAUUACGGCUUGACAGACGAUCUUAAUGUGAUUCACUUAAGUGACCAUGGCAUGGCUUCAGUCACAAUGGAAAGAAUAAUAAAUUUAACAAAUUACAUCAAUGUUAGUGAUUAUACAUUCGUGGGGACCUCUCCGGGAUUACAUAUCUAUCCACAUCCUGGAAAAGAGGAAAUUAUUUACGAGAAAUUAAAGUCUGCCGCGGAACAAACAAAAACGUUUAAAGUAUAUAAAAGAGAAGAUAUCCCGAAUAAGUAUCAUUAUGGCAAUAAUACUCGAGUAGGACCCAUUUUUGUCAUAGCUGAGGUUGGAUAUGCAUUUCAGAAUCUUUACGAUACUAUAGAAUAUUAUAAACGGAAAUUUAAUAUUACAGUUAACAAUCAGACAGAGUUUGGGCUGCAUGGUUAUAAUAAUGAAGCUAAAGAAAUGCAUCCAUUCUUUUUUGCGAAUGGACCUGCUUUUAUGCCAAGAUGUAAAUUAGAGCCCUUUAACAAUACGAAUUUAUUUCCCUUGUUUUGCGAAAUACUUAAUUUAAAGUGCCCCAUGGUUAAUGGCACUUUAUCUCAUAUAACAAAGUGCCUUAGGACACAAUCGAAAGAUAUAUCAAUAUCUACGUAUAAAAUAUUCAUUGCAGUUAUUAUAACCACCAUGUUAAUAAAAAUUUCGGUACUAACGACAAUAAUUUAUAGAAAAAAACGAAAGUUAGCAUAUAAUUAUAGGCAAUCGUAUUAUACAUUGGGCGAAUAAGAUAUUACGAUUGAUAAUAACAUGACAUCAUUUAUACUUUUGUUAGAUUUUAGUUAGUAAAUUAUUUUAAUACAUAACAGGGAUGUUAUGCGAAAGAGACAUAAAUUAUUAUGUUUUUAAUCAUGUGAAUAGUACAAAUGUAAUGUUUUAUUUCCCUGGAUCUCCAUGUUGUAAGAAAGGUCAUGUUCAUUAGAUAUAAUUUAGAUAUUUAAUGAGAUUAUUUAUAUUAGUAUUGAUACAGAUUUUUAGAUAUUUA